GUCGUCAUUGCUAUUUGACUAGUAACUUACGGAGUAGCCAGUCUACCAAUCCAUGAUACUCCAGGCUCCAUUCAGUCUUAUCGAUAAACCCACCCCCCCUUCCGGUCCCGUUCAGGGAAGCCUCGAUCCGAACUGGAACUGGAACUUUUGGAGCUGAGGCAGGCGACAUCAUCCACCUGCAUCGACCUCCAACUUCGCCAGCUACCUGGUACUUUCCUUAACACUCACUCCCUUCUGCAUUUCCUUCUCCAACCACUUGCGACUCAUCUGGGAUGACCAGCUUAUCGAUGUGUUCUCCGGUGAUCUGGUGCUAGCCUCUCCGGUCUCAGUCUACUCUACCUUACUUUCCUACAUUACAGUGACAGCGUCAUAACCUCGCCCCAGAAUGGCCCCCACGCUUCGCACCCCUCCUCGUCAGCGCCCUUCCAGACAAUCUCGACCUGUCCGAUCUAGUCGCACUCAAGUCCAGUCCUACCACGAAGACAGCAGUUCCGACGAUCGGCUUGAUGAAGAUACCGAAUCGGAUCGUGAACGCGCUGAACGAUUGUCGCUUUCUCUGCGCCCUCGAGACUCGAACCGUAUGCCGGCCUCCUAUCGCGAGGAAACCACCGACGAUGAGCUUGACAAUUUCAGCGACGAAGGCAUGGAUACCAUGACUCGCAGUGCGGCACCCGCGCAUGCACCUCUCACACUCGCCGAGGGAAGCAAUCACGCCAGACCACCUAAGCCUACCCGCACACGAACCGUAAGAACAAGAUCACAGACAACGAAGGCAAACCGGCCUCUCAAGAAGAGGCGGAUGGAAAUUGGGCGCCCGCUUAACAAGCGUCGAAAGCUCGAAGUAGAGGCUGCUCCAUAUGUUGGUUCGGGUGUUAUACCGCCGUGGCAGACGCUUCCCUACCACAUACUCCUCGAUAUAUUUGUUCGUGCAUCAUACCCUCUGAUUGACGAAAGGACUACCAGCAGAAAGAGCUCCGUGCAGUGGCUUGUCAAAGUCGCUCUACUAUGCCGUUCUUUUCAUGAGCCUGCCUUGGCCGCUCUCUACCAUUGCCCUCCACUAAUACCCGCUGCUAAGUCUCACGGUUUGCUACACUUGCUAGCCAAACCUCAAGAUCAGCUUUCCACAAACUAUAUCAAUAAAAUAAAACAGCUGCAUGUUGAUGUGGAAGCCCUUCUGUUCUACAAGAGUGGGUCGACCCUGGGCUAUUUUGAGCUGCCCAAGUUGCUGGAGAAGACUCCUCAAGUCAAAACGCUACGCCUCUACCACAGUCAUGAUUACGUUGUCGGCCUUCCCCCGUGGCUUAUUCAGCGCUCAAAAUGGACUUACCCGGACAGUCUUUUCGAUGCAAUCUCGUCAAGCCCUAUCCGCCUUCGUAGCUGGGACUGGAACAGCCGUUUCAUGGAGACUCAAAAGCUUCUCGAACUGAUGUCACAGAUGCACAUUCAACCCGCAUUUCAUCUGAUGCAGGACCUGAGAAUCCUGCACGUCAUGUGUGAUGAUCCAUACAGCAAACAAUUGCCCGAGAGCUCCACAGAAAAAGAGAUACUUUUGGCCGCGGCCCUUGCUGACCUUCCCAAUCUACGGCGCUUAGAGUUCAUAGAAUGCUCGAUUGUCAAUGAUCACCUUUUGCCCAACCUUCCCACAACCCUCACCUCUCUCACAAUAAACAACUGUGAUGAGAUAACGACCACUAACUUUAGUUCAUUUCUUUCGACGCAUGGCCGCCAUCUUCGAGAGUUGAAUCUAAGCCAUAACCGUCAUUUGAGUAUGUCUUUCAUUGUCAACUUGGCCGUAUCAUGUGAGCAACUGGAAGUCUUCAGGAUGGAUAUAUCCAUGCAUGAUUGGUCUAGUUACCACGACGUUGAGCCUCAUUUUCGGGAACUGCUCUCACAUUCUGAGAUUCCGACCUGGCCAUCAACACUUCGGGAGAUCGAGCUCCUCCAGUUGCGAAACUGGGAUGACAGAACAGCAGAGGUCUUCUUCAGCUCGCUUCUCAAUGCCGCUCCUAGCUUGGAGAAUUUGAGGCGCUUGGUGAUAAGCGCAAUUCUGAAAAUAGGGUGGCGAGAUCGAGCAACUUUUCGUGAGAAAUGGAAAGGCAAGCUACAAAGAGUUUUUCAGCGACGAAGUCCUCCGCCCAAUCCCGACCUUCGCUCAAUCCCUCGCACUUCGCUACUACUCAACGCCUCUGACUCUGCAGGAGCCAGAAUCAAUGAAGGCGCCAGCCAUAAUUCCGAUACUCAACACAGCGGCACUAUGACACCGAACAAACGGAAGAGUGCGCGCAUUGCUCAAAAAAGGUACUCUGACGAUGAAGCUAUUGUCACAGGGAAGAGGCGAAGAUCUCGUGAAGACGACGAUGAACCGCUGUUCACUCAAGGCUUGUGCGAUGUCGUCAUGAUUCGAAUAGACAAUCAACGCCCGACAGAGACUCAGUUCAACGAAGAAGACUUCCUCGACGAUGAAUUGAGCGGAGACGAAGAUUGGAAUGGUAACGACAUCGACGUUGACGAUAGCAGACAUGCAUGGUAGAGGAAAAUCAUGCUGAGCCUUUCCAUAUUUCUUACAAAUUGCUCCGUGCUUUACUUCAGUUGAUUCUUACGAUCGUGCACCGACUCGUUUUACGUCUUAUUCAUUGAUUCCGACUGCAACGCUCGCACUGGUCCACGGCGAAGUCAUAUUUGCAUUGCUGCAUGAGCUUAUAUCUUAGAGGGUAUAUUAUACAUGGAUGGCGGGUAGGAGUAUUUCAGGGCGUCUGGCUUCAUUAUUUCGGAAAGUUUUCGG